CGCUUUGUCCUGCCGCCAAGCUCCAUUCUCUCCGAUCUAUUUGCACGCAUAGUCACCAACAAUUUUUCCGUGCAACUCUAUCAGAUCAAUUGUGAUUUUUCAACAAUGUUAAUAACAUUAUAAUUGUGCAGUGGGUAUAUUCCAUCCCCAUAAAUCUUACGUUAUUCUCAUUAAUGUGGCCCAUUGUGAUCGUAUACGACACAACAAAGUUCCAUUGAUAUUUAGUGAUGACACAACAAAAUAAAACCAUGAAUUUCUUGAUACACGAUGCCAAUGGGCAAACACAAGUGAUUAAGGUUGUUCAAAGCACCCCCAACAAAACUUUGAGCAAUAUGAUUGGGGCAACGAAUACCGGGGGAAUCAAGGUCUUCAAGACCCCGGGACAGGAAUCACAAAUUUUAUCGUCUGGUACUCAAGUUAUGAGGACUAUUAGUCUGGGGAGCUCAUUAACUCCGAAGCAACGAUUAGUGUCGAUACCACUGCAAAAUGCCAAAGUCUCGACGGUCAAGUCCAAUGACUCGGUUAUGACCAAGACGAUACAGUUGACAACAGCUCAAAUGAGUGAUAUUAAACAGGCUAUAGCAUCGCAGCAACAAGCCACUGUUCAACAAGUUGUCAAGGAUGCCUCAGGAAAAUUCUUCACUCCACUACUCGAUCACGGUGCUACACGAAAGCGCCAUGAUGCUGAUGGUAGUGAUUUUGUCCCUGACAAACGAAGAAAAACAGAGAAAGUUGGAAAGGGUCUGCGACAUUUUUCCAUGAAAGUAUGUGAGAAAGUAAAAAAGAAGGGAACAACAUCCUACAACGAGGUAGCAGACGAACUCGUAGGUGAAUUUACAAAUCCAUCACAUGUAAAUUCACUGACUGAUCAGCAGUACGAUCAGAAGAACAUUCGAAGACGCGUAUACGAUGCUCUCAAUGUUCUCAUGGCAAUGAAUAUAAUAUCAAAGGAGAAGAAGGAAAUUAGAUGGUUGGGAUUGCCUACAAAUUCACUUCAAGAGUGUUUAUCACUUGAGAAAGAAAAGAAGAAGAGGAUUGAACGAAUUAAAACAAAAACUCAACAGCUGCAUCAGCUUAUUCUGCAACACAUUUCAUUUAAAAAUUUGGUCCAACGUAAUAGCGCGAGUGAGAGUCAGCAUGGCCCGCCAAAGCCAAACUCAGCUAUACAAUUGCCAUUCAUUAUAUUAAAUACUAGCAAAAAGACUGUUGUAGACUGCAGCAUCACCAACGAUAAAUCUGAGUACCUGUUCAAUUUUAAUGAUAAGUUUGAAAUCCAUGACGAUAUUGAGGUUUUGAAACGUAUGGGAUUGGCCUUUGGACUCGAAAAGGGAGAAUGUACGGAAGAGAAUUUGCGUAAAGCUAAAGCAAUGGUACCUAAAUCAUUGGAAAAAUAUGUUGAACAGCUAUUAUCGGGUGAUCUUGAAAAAUUCAUUCCCGUAACCAUUCCUGGACCAAGUACUUCCAUGGAAGAAUUGGAAUUGAAACUAGAGGGCUCCAGCUCAAGGCCCCCAUCAUCUUCUCGUACAUCAUUAUCCGAAGAAGCUAUGUCACCUCCAUCACAAAUUUAUUCCGACGACGAGGAAGACGACCUGGAGAGCGAUCAGGAUGAGCAGGUGGAUAGCGACGUUGAUAUAAACUAGCACACUGGAUAAUUCGAUAAAAACCACACUGAUCAUCAUUCACAUUUGCUUAUUUUUACUAUUCAAUUUUACGCAUUGAGUUAAAAAAAAACAAAAGAAGAAAAAAAUCAUUGUAUUUUUUUGAAAAUAACGAUGGGAGAGAAAAAAAAAUUAAUAUCAAUUGGCCACAUGAAUUUGAGCGAAUGCAUAAUGAAUGACGAUUUUUUUUACCCAAGUGGUUUAAUUUGGUUAUUAUUACAAAUUAUUAUUAUUAUUAUUAUUAUUAUUAUUAUUAUUAAAAUCUUUCAUCGAUCGAUAAAAUACCUAUUGUAUGAUUAUUUUUCCUUUUGCUAGUGACUAAAUGUAAGAGGGCCAAUACUAGCAAACAAUAUGGAAGUGGAUCUAUCAUUUUCAGUUGUUAAAUUGCAAAAAAAAACCAUCUCUCAAUAUUCUUUUUUUUCGUCAACGUCUUGUUCAUUUUGUUCAUUAUAUCGUCAUCAUAAAUACAAUUACCAACUAAUGUAUUGAUAAUAAAUGGAAUGAAACUUCAACAGUGAAGUAAAACGGAAUGUGUCAAUUUUAUUGAAAUUUUUCAAUUUUAAAAUUUUGAAUUGACACGCAGAUAAUUUUCGAGGGAUUUUGUAACGGGAACUUGAACAACAUCGGUGCUAAUAAUAACCGCGCAUUGUCUCAACAACAUUGUCGAAGUACAGGUCAAAAUGAGUAAGAAACAUGAAAUAAAAAAAAAAACAAGGGUUUAUAUGCCACAUAUGUAUGUAUUAUAAAUUAUAAUAAUCCUAGAGUUAUUUCUCUCAAUUACAUGUAUAAAAAUGUAGUACGAUUACUCAUUUUCAUAUGGCACAUUAAUAAUAAUGAUAAUAAUAAUAAUAACAAUAAUUAUAACAAUAUGUGGUAAUUGAAAUUUAAAUCUGAAAUAGUUCCUGAAACUCAAUCUGCUGGAAUUAUGAGAAUAAAAGGAUUGUAAUAUCAUUACAACAAACAAAUAGUUCCUUAAGACUUUUAAUUACUCUUCAAUUGACAAUUAUUUCAAACUUUCGGAUAAUUAUAUGACGAAAUUUUCAACGAUUUAUUGGCAGAAGGCUCGUUUAAUAGUUUAUAUAAGAAGAGAGAAUUAAUGUUUCUGAUGAUUUGAAUGAGUCAAAAUAAAUGGGACAGUUUUCAUGUUCA